AUGGCACGCAGAAGCGCGAUUACCGCGGCCGGGUGGACGGGCACCCAAAUGGAGCUCGCCCAGGCCCCGCGGCCCGCCAUGCGCCUCGACGCGCGUGCGGACGCCACGUCCGCGUCGUGCGCGAACGGCACCUCGUUCGCCAACGGCACGUCGUCCAACCGGCGGCACGUCGUCCACCAGCAGCAGCGCUUCAUCGCACACCUCGGGCGCUGCUGCUGCGUCCCCGAGGGGCUUGCCACCCGGGGGCGCCUAGGCCGGUCUUUCCUCUGGCGUUUCGAUGGCCGCGGUGGUAAUGGUGCCGGCACCAUCCCCAAUGGCGAUCUGAUACCUGUCUGA